AUGAUUCAAAACUAUUGUUAUUGCUUUUCUGGUAUUAUUAUUACUAUCUAUUUCUGCCUCCUAAUUCACGCUCUUGCUUCUCCUUCACUCCACUCUUGCCGCCAUGACCAGAAGAAGGCUCUUUUGGAAUUCAGAGACGAGUUUCCGACUGGUGAUCCGUAUGAUUUACGUCCGUGGAAUAAGAGCAGUGAUUGCUGUCAUUGGGAGGGUGUCACAUGCGAUGAUAGAUAUGGCCAGGUGAUAUCACUCGACCUUUCUGAGAUGUCUCUCAAUAGCUCUCUAAAAACUAAUAGUAGCCUUUUUAGACUCCAAUAUCUUCGUCACCUAAACUUUUUUCGGUGCGAUCUCCAAGGAAACAUUCCUUCUUCAUUAGGAAAUCUUUCUCGUCUCACACUUGUUGACCUUUCUUAUAAUAAUUUGGUAGGUGAGAUUCCGGCUUCAAUAGGUUAUCUAAACCAUCUGACAGAGCUUAGCCUUUCAUUCAAUCAUUUGGUAGGUGAAGUUCCUGUUUCUAUGGGAAACCUAAAUGGUCUAAGAGUCAUUGAUCUUGGCGGCAAUAGCUUGGGUGGCCAUUUUCCUAUUCUAUUCGCCAACUUAACUAAGCUUACCGAUUUAGACAUCAGCUUUAAUAAAUUCACAUCCAUACUUCCAUCAGACAUGAGUGGAUUUCACAACUUGGAGCUUUUCGAUGUUUAUGAUAACUCAUUUGUAGGGCCUUUACCUAAAUCGUUGUUCUCAAUUCCUUCAUUACAAUCUUUAUAUUUGGGAGAAAAUCAAUUUAUGGGACCUAUACAGCUUGGGAAUACAUCUUUGUCAGCCUUUGAGCUUAAGAAUCUAGACCUUUCUGAUAACAACUUUGAUGGCCCAAUCCCGGAAUGCAUAUCUGGAUUUAUCAACCUCUCCCACCUAUACCUUGACCACAACGAUUUCACUGGAUCUCAUGUCUCUUGCAAACCACAAACCGUUAUGAACGACUUUGGACGCCAUUGGUAUAGGAUAAGUGCGAUGGAUACACCAUCAUUGUUCACACGUGACUUCACUGUGGUUAAUGGUUCAAUUACUUUCGGACUAUAUUCAGCUUAUACUCGGUUAAAGUUGGAUGCAAUCUUAUGA